UCAUUUUUCUCACAAAAUAACUAAAGCAAGAAGAGAAAGAGUCCAGUGGAUAGAAUGCAAGAAGCUGCUCCUCCCCCUCGCAAUUACCAAAAUUUCGAGCCCUGGUUGGAUAUGUCAGAUUAUGGUGGAUAUAAAAUUUGCAUUGUUCAUCUUCCAGAUUUUAAAAGUGAAAUGUUAAAAUUUCAACUGGACCGUUCCAAUAACUUGAAGAUCAGUGGAGAAAGAUGCAUUGAAGACGACAUAUGGAGUCGUUUCCAGGUGGAGUUUCAGCUUCCCAAAGGCUUCUCAACAGAUGAGGUUCUUUAUCGUAAGGAUAAUGGAGUACUUUACGUUCUAUUUUUUACACCACAAGUCCAACUUAAAUCAACCACACAAGAAGAAAAGAGUAGAGAACCAACAAACGAGCCACAACUCAACAAGGGUCAAAGCAAUAAGGAUCAUCCGGACUAUACAAGUGAUAAAAGACCUCUUGGUGACGGCAAGACUACUGAAACUGAUAGUUCUAACAACGUGGCCCAAAAUACUAUAGAGAAGGACAAAGAACAGGAUUAUGAAUCUGGUGACAAUGGGAAACUUGCGAAUAGAAUGGACGGACAACAAGACAAGAAGGAUGAAGGUGAUCAGAAGCCUGCGGAUGAUGGGAUAAUUGGCAACGAAGGCAAAAAAGAACAGCAGAUUAACGAGUCAAAAUCAGAUGAUGAGCAUCAGAAAGAGAUCGUCCCAACUAGUAGUCCUGGUAAUCAAAUGAAUGGCAAAGGCAAGAUUAGUGAACCUACUACUGCCAACGAAGUGGCCCAAGAGGCUACCGAGGGAGAGACGAAGGGUACUACUUCUGACGACGAAACAGGGAAGAUUAUUGUCAGUAGAAAUGGAGAUGAUGGCGACAAAGGUAAUGUGUCCAUGAACGAUGGUGCAGUGGUGAAGACAAGGUUGGUCGAAAAUAUUGUGAUAGCUAAUGGCGGUAGUGAACCUGGUUACAAAACGGAUUGGAAUAAUAGGUAUAGUCAUUUGUCCAUUUCCAUGGCUGCAGCUGUCCUAGUGAUGAUAUCCUUUGCUUUCUAUACAACUUAUAGACUUAGGACCUCUAGAAAGUCUCAAUGAUUGAUUACAUUUAUCACGAUUACAUGUACAUUUUUAUUUCAUUCAUUUACUUGCAAAUGGAAGGAUGAAAUGACUUGAAGGAAUUGGA